GUGAAUCGAAGUAGAGGAAUUUCCCGCCAAUUAAUACUCAUUCUUGUGUAGGCCACGACAACUCCGUAGUACGCUUGAAUAGUCGUUAUUUAUUUGCAAGUUUUGAUUGAUUUUUGGAAGUGUUACUUUGUGAUAAAUAUAAUAACAAUGUCGGUUUAUCAUCGCUCUACUGCAAAAAGUCGGAUCUUACAAGAAUUUCGUGAUCGUGAGGAAGAAAUUGCAGCUGCAUUGUCAAGUCAAAUAAAUCACAAGAAUGGUGUUGAAAACGAGAAAAGGAUGCGCCGUGCCAUUGCCAACAGCAACGAAAGGCGGAGGAUGCAAAGUAUUAAUGCUGGCUUCCAGGUGCUGCGCUCCCUACUGCCUCAAAGUGAAGGUGAAAAACUGAGCAAGGCAGCCAUUCUACAACAGACCACAGAAUUCAUAAACAGCUUGCAGCAGGACAAGGCCAAAUUGUCUGCUCAGAAUGCGGCUUACAAACGCCUCCUUGGGGAGAUAAGCAGGCAGUGCAACAUUGACCUUGACCUGGACCUCUCACUGUAUGGGGGGUCACCGCCCCUUAAACGGAAGAAAAGAGAUACGGAAUCCUCGGAUGAGGGUAUAAUGGCGGACUAUGAAGACUGCAGGAACGCCGAAAGGAUGAGGGAGGUCAUCGAACUGCGCAAGAAACUUGAGCAGGAGAGACAACUGAGAAUGAUUCUCGAACUACGCGCUAACAAUUAUGAGACUCGUCACUUCGAAAAAGCAAAGACUGUGGAGAUAGUUGCCGAGACCAAAGUGCAGCCACUCACCCAAAGCAGUCAUGCAGUUCAGUCUACUGAACAGGUUAAGCAGAAGGCAGCUGAUGAGCCUGUGUGGCAGAUUAACCAGAAGGCAGCCAAUGAGCCAGUGUGGCAGGUUAACCAGAAGGCAGCUGAUGAGCCUGUGUGGCAGGUUAACCAGAAAGCAGCUGAUGAGCCUGUAGCCCUUUUGGCAGCAGCCCCUGUGGAUGUAGACCUAGAUCAUCGUGUACAGUGUUCCCCCCAGCACAAGUCUGAGAGCAUCGACCAGAGUCACGCUGUGUUCAGACAGAACCUGUACACAAUCGUGGAGGCCAUACGACACGUUGAAGGUAAAGAGGAGCCUCGGCCACUGCCCUCCCCAUGCUCCCACAUGCUUAGUGUGGACCUGUCACAGCCCCGUUGCUACGUUCCCCACAGUGAGGAAAGUGAGGAUGUGUGUGGUACCAGUGACCAAGACGAAAUGAGGUCGGACCGAUCUGGGCGCGAAACACCGCCGUCCAAUCACAACCUUGUCAGACUGCACAGUGCGUCAAGUCUUCUUGUUCAGUCAGUGUCGUCGUCAAACAUUUCACCGUCACUGUCGUCCUCGAGUGUAUAUUCGUCAAACUCUGAAAAUUAUACAGCCAUGAGAAACAUUUUAAAAGGUAAUUCACCACACCUACAUCCAUGUUAUCGACCAGGAGUGAUUGUGCAAAAAUUAUAGUUAAUAUUGUUUCGUGUUUGUAUAAAUGUACAUUAACUCAUUGUUAAAUUAAGCAUUGUACUAUUUAUUACAACUGUGAGUUCUCAUUUUCACUUAUGUUUCCAGAUCAUUGUUAUUCAGAGACAAUUAAGACCAAUGUUUGAAUGCUAGUUUUAUUCUUUUGAUUUAUUAAUACAUCUGUAAACUUCAUCAUUUUUGCUACCUUUAUGCAUUCAUAAUGUAACUCUCUGUGUCAUAUACCCAGUUGUCAAUGUUACCCCUUUUACAUACCAAUUUGUUAUUUCUUCCAAACUGAAAGUAGUGCAAUUGAAAUGUUUCAGUUGCUUGCAUGUGAAAUUUGAAAAUGCUGUCUUGUGGUUAAGUUUUGUCAACUAAAAACAUCAACUUUUGCUUACUGGGUGGCCUGUCAUAAAUAUCAGCAUAUCUGUUUUGCUACCACUGUAAUAUCCCUAUUUCAACUAUCAUAGCUUGUAUUUUACUAUUUGUCUGUCUUACUAGGAAGUUGUUUUAUGAUUCAGAUUGAGUGAAAUAUUGCACAUAUGAGGAAAACUAAUAAUUAUUUUAAAGUGGGAAUGUAACUGUUGUUUUAAUUCAGAUGCAAGUGUCUUGUGUUAUAAAUCAUUGACAAGUAGCUCAAAUAUGUGUACAUGCUUAUAUUUGUGAUGUUUUGUAAAUAUUACUGUUUUCAUAAUUGAAAAUCAUUUAUUUUAACUUUGAAAGACUAAGCAUUUGAUUUCAGGACUGCAGGUUUUUAAGAAUUUAACCCUUUCUUUAGCUGUGAUAAUGAAAAGUUGAAACUAUGACUAGUGUUGAUGGUAACACAAAUCUCAUCAUACCAAAUUAAUAUUUGAUUGUAAUAAAAUAUAACAUGAUAACAGAUGGUGCCAAGCCCUUCUAACUUGUCUUACAGCCGUAAAGAGAUAAUAAUGGAGUUAACUUAGAUUUAUUGACAUUUAGUCAGAGGGGGGGGUGAUUUUAUUCCAUGUCAUAAAUUUAAAUAGUUUAUACCAUAAAAUUUCCAUUAUUACUGGAGGGUUAAAAUCAAUAUUUAAUUAAUUAGUUUUGCCAUUUUCUGCAGGCAUGGUUACUUCUGAAUAUUAUGUGCGUGUGUGCUUUUUUCCCUAAUGGUUACUUUUUCUGCAAGCACAACUAUUAGUAAUUUAUGGGAUUUUUUUCAAAUGUAAUAUUGUGAAGUGACCCUAUCAUGUCAUCUUAAGGCAUUGUACCAAAUAUUGUGCAUAUAUUCAUGUAUGCAGGUUGUAUAAGCUAAUGCCAGUCAAUGCAAACAUUGGGGCCUGUGUGCCUACAAGACUGUUCAGUUGUAGACAGCAUGGUUCGCCCAGUGUGGAAUGAAUGUGUAAUGAUACAUGAGGACACCUACAUUUACAAGACAAGCUUUUGUUUCUUGUGUUUUUAUGGCGUAAAUGGUUUAUUUCCAGCUUGUAUACAAAGAUAUUCAUCACAUAAUCACAGGUUUUUAUUGUGCCACUCAAUGUUACUAUGCUAUAAAUGUUCACGUUAACUAUGUUUUUACAUAUUUAUCACUUAGCAAACUUGCAGUGGUGUUGUAUGUAUCUCUAAUCCCCUCUGUUCAAAAUCAUUUAACAAGGCAGCAACACUUACUAUAAUUGGCAUUUAUCUUCAGCAUUAGAGUUCACUGAAACUUUGUUUACAUGUCUAUAUUUAGAGUGCACAUGAUUCACAUGUUAUCUGUCAUGUGACCAUAAUCAUAAUCACAGGACCUAUGGUUUGUUAAUCAUCUGAUACAUUUGUAUAUAUCUGCAUACCAUGAACUUAUUUAUAAACAUUUGUUGAUACUGUUUGUUUAUUUUUGUACAUCACUGUUCAAAGUAGUGUGUAUUUGUGAGACAUGUAAUUAUAUGUUAAGUAUUAGUGGUUGAUUUUCAUAUUACACUAAAAACUCUGCUUUAAUCCUGGUCAAUUUGUUUUUGCUUUUACCAAAGUGUUGCCUACAUUUUCGACAAAAAGACGAUGUAUUGUUGCUGUUUGGCUAACACUGUUUUAGUUAUGUUUUGUACACACUACUAGCAACGGGGAAAUGUUUUAAUCUCCUGUAUUGAUAAAGAAAGUAAAAAUAUGGGCCAAAUAUUGACCUAAUUAAAUUUUAAGCAAUAGUUGUUAAAAAAAGAAAAUUCUAAUUUUAAAGUCAUGGAAUUUACAAUAGGGUUUAAAAGUGAAAAGUAAUUUGCACCUUUAUGCUGAACUGAAAGUAUUCAUAGUACCUGUCGCUGAUUACAGAAAAAAAAAAUUCAACUUAUUUUGUGCAACUGCUGUGUUUGUCACAAUUACUUGUACGAUUUAUUUACCUGUUUUACGUAUACAUGUAUAAUGUGCAUUGCUACAACUCAGCUGUUUGUAGUAAUGUGGACUUUGUUUCCGCAUGAGAAUUGUUCAUAAUUUUGCGUAGACUUCAUUGACAUUUAAUUCGUUAAAAGCUGCUUCCUUUUAUAAGAGACAACACCCAUCCUGACUAAGUAAAUUGUUUUGCAAGAACUGUUUUGUUUUGUGAGAAUAACAUGUACACUUCAAUGGAUUUUUAUCUACAUUUAUUAAACAUUGCGUGAACUUUACGCUGAACACUAUUCUUGAAGUAUCACCAUGAGCGGACAAUGAUAAUAAUGACAAAGCUAUGAUUAUUAUUCUUUAUGUGGAAGGCAUAUUCGCUAUAAGUGCUAUUUGACGGAGAAAAUCAUCAUUCUUUAACAGCUGAGGACCUCGAAAUCGAAUACAUUCAUUGAAAUUGCUUCCAUAUUUAGCAUCCAUUUACUCGUAUUCCAUUUAAUUGCACUUACUGUAAGGAAUGGAUAGCAUUAUGUAUCAUCUAAGAUUCUUGUAGCAUUACUUAAGUGAUUUAAAGACGACCAAACAUCAUAUUAAUAUGGCCUGUAAAUUAAAAGUCAAUUUUAGUGUGUGCCUCGUUCUGGAAAACUGGGUUUAAUGCAUGUGCGUUUAUAUGAGUCGCGUUCUGAGAAAACUGGGUUUAAUGCAUGUGCGUUUAUGUGAGUCGCGUUCUUAGAAAACUGGGCUUAAUGCAUGUGCGUUUAGUGGCUUUUAUGGUGUUUUUAGUUUCAAGGAAGUCCCUCCUUACCGAAAAUCAAGUUUAGGCGGAAAGUGUCGUCCCUGAUUAGCCUGUGCGGACUGCACAGGCUAAUCUGGGAUGACACUUUACGCACAUGCAUUAAGUCCAGUUUUCUCAGAACGCGGCUCAUAUGCUUCACUGGAUUUUCGCGCAGAAGAGACCCUAUUUAAAGGAAAUGUUCCGUAAACUCGGAAAGUGUCGUCCCUGCGGACCGUGACGGCACAACACUUAACGCACAUGCAUGAAGCCCAGGUUUCCUUAUUUUUUCCAUCUUGCUAGAAAAACAAGUCACGUUCAUUGAAACUUAGUUUAAACUGUCCCUGUAUGUACUAAUGAAACAAUUGUUAGUUACUGUUCAGUGUUAAAGUUGUGAUGAUUUUGUUUUGCUCAAUCUUUUAUGUAUGCUUAUAUGGUAUCUAUAAAAGAAUACACGUUGUCACGCGUAAA